AUGAUAGAUGAUAAUGGCGUUAUCACGCUGGGACAGGAUGGCAUUAUCAGCAAGUGGACGCGAAACGCAAGUAACCAGAACCAUUGGCAGUGGGCGAAGCUCCUUGAUGCAGGGAAGGAGGAAGCCAUCUGCUUCACCUACAAUAGGGAUCGCCUUGCCGUUGCAUUUCCUCGUUUUGGCGUGAAGGUGUGGUUAUGGAUUAAAGGGACAUGGCAACCACAGCGGUCCAUUCUUCGACAGAAUGUGACGUGCAUCAAGUUCGUCGAGGAUGGGGAGGCCUUGCUCGGAGGCACUAGUGACGGCGUAUUAUGGUAUUGUCAAGUACCCAAUGGGACGCUUCGAGCCUACGCGUUUCUCAAAGCUAAAAUGCAUGCACGACACCUGGACGUCAGUCCGAACGGAGAUCAGGCUCUUGUAUCUCAAGUAGGCGCUCGUGCUCACCUUGUAGGCAUUCAAGGGAUGGAUCGCAAAGGCAAAAUCGAGCAAGUAUAUGCAAUCAACGGAGACUCGACAAGUGAUACGAAACAAGCUCCCCCUGCGGUGUUUGUCAACGGUGGUCGUUCUGUGGUAUUUCACAACAGAGAUUCUUCUUGUUUGGUCUGGAACAAAGGGAAAGGCGAGGUUUUGAGUGGUCUGGAUCAUGGAGAUAAUGAGCAAGCCCAGGCCGUUGCAGGCUUUGACCGCGCAUCCCAUUCCUACAUUGUUACGGGAACUACACAAGGCCUUUUGUCGUGGUGGAACUCUCCUCCCGAUCAGUGA